AUUACCUUCUGUCACCUCGUCUGAACACGAGAAAGCAACUAAUGAAAUGAGUCUCUCCUAACAAUUAAUGGAAGGAGUAUCUCUCCUCACCCGUCGCUCUAUCUAAUAAACCGGUUUAGUUAAUCCGCUGUACCAGACAUGGGAGAUUAACCGACCAAAAAGACGGGGGGAAGCGUCAACACUGGAAACCUCCAGUCUGCCUUCUCUACAGGUGUUGUUCUGGCUGCGCAUUAAACGCCGUUCACGACUACUUGGCUCUGCUGCUCUCUCUUCACGCGCACCGUCUCUACUGUUAUGGGAUGUUGCAAAACGGCUUUUCAGGCAACAGCUCUGCUCGUUUUAUUUGUUAUGCAGAAUAAACUGCACAAUUGAAGGAACAAUGCCUCGCGUUCUGACACAACUACUUCAACUUCACGCUAGUGGAACGUGUCUGGUCUUUUUUCGGUUAAGGAUCACUUUUUCUUCCCGGAGAUAGGAUACGCCGCUACCGAGCUACGCCCAAGAAAACCUCCAGAAAAUGAACAACUUACACAACAUUUCAUUUUAAAUUUGUAAAUCAGAAUAUAUAUGUAUUAUUUUUAUUUAUUUUUUUACAGAAUUUUGAUUUCAUAGUUACUUAUGUUGAACACAACAAACAAUGGCUGAUCCUUGAAUUUGAUGACUAUUUGGUUUAACACUGCUCCUUGAGAAACAUUCUUUCUUGCUGUGGGGAGGACGAGCUAGACGCUAGAAGUAUUUUAAUACUCAGGAAGUUUCCUCCGCAAAACCGUCAAACUGGCCAUGGCUGCUGCUAUAGCCAGCUCCCUUAUUCGUCAGAAGAGGCAGGCGAGGGAGCGGGAAAAAUCUAAUGCCUGCCGCUGCGUUAGCAGUCCAAACAAGACGAAGCCAUGCGAAAAACCCAGUCGUCUGUCUAUGUUCUCUCGGGUCAAACUCUUUGGCUCCAAGAAGAGGAGACGCAGACGACCAGAGCCCCAGUUGAAGGGGAUCGUGACGAAGCUGUACAGUCGGCAGGGUUUCCAUCUGCAGCUGCAGGCUGAUGGCACCAUCGACGGGACGAAGGAGGAGGACAAUGGCUACGCCAUCUUCAACCUCAUCCCCGUGGGGCUUCGAGUGGUGGCCAUUCAAGGGGUGCAGACCAAACUCUACCUGGCCAUGAACAGCGAGGGCUUCCUGUACACAUCGGAGCACUUCACCCCGGAGUGUAAGUUCAAGGAGUCGGUGUUUGAGAACUACUACGUGACGUACUCCUCCAUGAUCUACCGGCAGCAGCAGUCCGGCAGGGGCUGGUACCUCGGCCUGAAUAAGGAGGGGGAGAUCAUGAAGGGGAACCAUGUGAAGAAGAACAAGCCGGCUGCCCACUUCCUCCCAAAGCCUUUGAAAGUGGCCAUGUACAGGGAGCCCUCCCUCCACGACCUCACAGAGUUCUCGCGCUCCGGCAGCGGCACGCCCACCAAGUCCCGGAGCGCCUCGGCCGUGCUUAACGGAGGGAAGACAGUGAGCCAGAACGAGUCCACGUAGCCAGGCAGAGGACCGGGCGGUCGUUAGAAGAAGACACCUUACCUCCAGAAAAGCGUGACUUCCAAGCAGAAGGUCACUCCAAAACCACUGGCGGUUCAGGACAACAUUUCGACUAUUAGAUACCAUAACUACCACCCGCUACUACCAACCAAUCACAACACUCGAAUAGGUUCCAUUCAAAUGACCUUACUUUAUCUCUCACUACUCGCUGUCAACAUCCAACCAAAUUAGUCCAUGAACUUUGAGGUUUGACAGACUCUUGACAUUUUUUGAAAAGCCAUUUGUGGACUCCAUUUUCUGUUGGUCACUCUGAUGGUAUUGGCUGUGUACAGUAAGCUCAUCUUUUAAGGUUUUUCCUUUUCCUUCCUGCAGAUACUUUUACUCAUGUCCUGAUCAUAUAGAAACCAACCCGCUCAUAUCUGUCAGGCAGGCAGGCAGGUAGAGAGGGGUGGGGGGGGGGUCAGGGCAGCCGAGGAGGGUCUGGACUGCAGCGCUGCAGUGGCUAGAGACGUGCCCUGUUUCUGUGUGUUUACCCAUGAUGCUUCUGUGACUAUGAAGCCUCACCCCCCCUUGCGACGCAGCCCAGUUGACGCUGCGGCUAAACACAGACGUAAUGGUAGCUCUCCUGCAUUCUAGUGCACACGCUCAGAAGAGCCUCGAGCUCUCUGGCAUCGGGGGGGGGAAAGCCUACAUUCAGCUGACCUGGAAAGACGGGGGGGGUGUGUGGUCCCCGUUGCUUGAGUGGCGGAGCCAUAGCUGCUCCUUUGCUUUGCUAAUAUUCAGAAUAAGCUGAGGGCUUUUAAUGUUUUAUUGUUUUCUCCCUCGUGUUGUCAAUGCGUCCCUCCCAGUAUGUUUUUCUGUUUUGUCUCCGCAGCGUAAACGGUUUCAGCUGAGAUUGGCCCUUUAAGCAGACAAACCAACCCAGUAUACAGGUGCACCUAGAGGUGUCGGGGAGUGUGUUGUGUUAAUUAGAGAUUUAAAGAAAGUCAAGAGAAAUGCAGUGAAAGAAAUACAUUUACGAAAAAAGGAAUGGAAUGGAGAAUGUGGGAAUUAGAAAGCAAAUUGGUGUUAAAGUUUUGUUAAGCCGACAGGAAGGACACUGCAAGUUAGUGGUGUGCUCUCAGAUUGAAGUAUUUGAAUCGACUGUUCAAUGUCCCUCUGUUUCUAUUGUGCCCCAUUGUUUUCUGUCAUCUGUCCCCUGUGGUCUGUUCCUGUUCCUGUUUUGAUCCAAGCCAGUGCUUGUCAUGCCUUUCCACUCCCCCUUUGUUGAUUCUUAUUGGCCUAUUCAGAUCGCCAUUUAAGGACAUGGUGAUGUCGCCAACCCAGGACUCCUGUUUCGUGUUGAGUAAAUUAUUGUGGUGAUAGUUUUCUAUAUUACAAAAAAUCCUGUGUCAUUUUAGGUGGCUUAAACAUUUUAUAGGAUACGUCGUAUUUGUCAAAGUGAAGAAAAAAAAAAGAAAAAAAAAAAACAUCCUUCUUGGACAGGGCAUGUAAAAAAAAAUUAAAUAAAAAUUAUAACACACAGUCGUGUACAGAAAGGACCCUUUUUUGCGGGCUAAGUACCCUUUCCCGUUGGCCACAUACCUUGUUCAUAUGGAACAUGCUGCCGGGACGCGCGGUUUUCCUUUUGUUUCCUUCGGGGUGUUUCAGGUGAACGGUGUCUGUUGCAUGGAGACAACAGGGCCUUGUUGACUGCAGAGCUAUAACGCAUGAUGUAGGCUAAGUGUUUUAAACCCAUGUUGAAUCAUGUGUACCGAAACUAAUGAACAACACCGGCUGUCGCUCUGCCUGCGACCUUCCAGGUUGUUUAUUAUCUGUUGUAUACACAAAAUGCACUGAAUAAAAUGUUUAUAUUAAGAUAUA